UAGCAAAGGAUAAAAAUGCCACACUAACACGGCACUUGUCAUGUGUCUCUCGCACUCUCACAUCCAGUGCGGCAUUUUCUUCAAUUUCCCUAUUUAUAAAUCCAACUCAAUCCUACAACCCCCAUGAAUGUACGCACCACAGAAACCAUACUUUCCGAUCUCCCAAACACCAUUUUUCUCUCAAUUCCUUUCUCUCCCUCGAAACCCAUGGCAGAAUUCAGUGACCCAAACAGAGUGGUCCCAUUUUCGUUCUCCGAUUUACCGGAGGACGUUCAGCUCUGUAUUCUCUCAUUCCUCUCCCCUUCCGACAUCUCCACCUUCGCUUGCACGUCGAAACGUUUCGUCCAUCUUUGUGGAAACGACAACGACAAGCUCUGGUUCUCCAUUUGCGACCGCAAGUGGGGCUCCAAGACCCAAAUCAACAAAUGGGUUAAUACGUCCAAAAUCACCUACAAACACGUCCACAAAAUUCUGAUCCACUACGAGAGCCUCAUCGGGUUCUGGCGCCGUACCGGCCAGCCCAACAGCACCGGCAGCAAUUCGGCGCCGCUCGUGUUCUUCGAAUGGGGACCUUCUUUUGUCUCUGGCUCGACCGUUUCACCGUCGAAGACCGGCACUUAUAGAGUAACAAAAGCUCCGUUUUUGUGGUUGAGUAUUGGUCCUGAAGGUGAGCCACUGAAUUUUCUCUACCCGGAGUGUAAGCUGGAAUCAUCCCACGAUUUGAUUCCGGUGAACGUUAGUUUUGUGGGGAAUAAUCACGUGGUUGUGGAGGACAGUCUGAGGCAGAGGAAGAGUGAGAAGGAGAGGCCGCCGGAGCAUUUUGUGAAGGUGGUUGAUUGUUCUCCGACGCUGUCUCGGCCAUUGCAGGGCUUAUGGAAGGGUAUUGGCAAUGACAUGAACUUGAAUUUUUAUGUUGUGGAAUAUGAUGAUAUUGGGGGCAUUUCAUGCCGAAGGAUUUGGGACGCCUCUAAACCUUUCUCAGAUUCUUUUCCAGUGUUCUGGACACCAGAAACAGAAUUCAUGGAAUUUCCAAAUUCCCCCGAAGAAGAGUACUCAUACUAUAAACGCGUACAUCUUCAUCCUCUUGCUUCAGCAGAUGGAGUUCGAAGCCAAUCUUGGACCGGAAAUGAAACAGUCUCUCGCAUUCUUUACAUCAAUUCAAGUUUUGAUAUGAUGAUUCGAGACUUGGUGGGAAUUUCCGGUAACACGCAGCAUGUACAAGGAAUGAUAUGGCUGUAUGAGGAUGGAACAUUCGGGUAUGGAUUUCUCAGAGAUAAUUACAUCAUACACUUGAAUCAUGUUGCUCGAAAUGGUUGUCUUCUUGAUACAGUAGAGCUUAAUGGUUGUCUUCUUGAUACAGUAGAGCUUAAUAGUGAUUGAAACCCUUGCAUAGCUAACAUCAUUUGCGUAUGUUUUGGGAGUAUCGAGGAUGUAGUACUCGGGUCAAUAAUUAGUUAUUAUUUCUAAUAUCAAGAGAAAUCGUGAAUAUUCAUUGAACCACGAGAGUCGGUACUCCGAGUAUUCAAUGUUUUUCCAGUGUUUGUUGUUGAUGACAGUAAUGCCACCAUGUACAUAUUUGUAAUGGAUGUAAUAAUAAUGUAAAAAUUUAAAAUACAAUCAGUUCAUGUUGUUUCUACUUAAGAAA